UGAAAGUUGCAUCGUCCAGUCGGAGAUUUGAAAGAAACCAGCAUGUUGCCUUUGGUGACCUACGACUGGGCUGGCCAUUUUCCCUACGUCCGUCGUUGGCCACUUUCGGACCGACCCUGACCGCCGACUGGGCAGGCCAGUUUCCCUACGUCGUCAAGCUCGACAGCCCUGCCAACCCUUACGAGAUCACCGUGCCCGCUUUUGUUGUCAGUGCAAAGAUGGUGUUGGUUGGUGGAUAUGAGGAUCCUUCUGACACUCCCGCGAUAAGGUUGACGGACUACAAGUUGCAGGUGCACCCUGUGGCUAAGACGGUUUCAUUCAGCGAGCCGUUCGCUGUUUUGAAGACGUGCGUGCCUUUUGGCCCGGCGCGUUUCAAUUUGACAGAAAGCGAAUUUUUUGACUUCCAAGCGGACAACACGGACGCGGCCAUUAUUUACUUUGAAGGCAACAGUUUGAAGUCCAAAUCAACGACGGUGAAGGAUUCCACGAUUUGCAACCUAUACUCCGAAUUUGGGGCGUGCAUCACACAAGACGAAACCAUUGAUAUUUGCAAGAUGUACUACACGGACAGCUACUACUACCCCACCUUCGUGCGGGAACCAGCGCUGGUGGUGAACGGCCGAGUGCAGGGAACUAUGUUAGAUCCGUCUUGCAAUGAAUAUGACGACAACAGCAACAAAGGCUGGUUUUACAGGAUUUCCGCCUUCCGCACAGAUAUUCUCAGCAUGCCGGAGGUUAUCAUCGACAACCCCUAAGGAGAGUUGGCAAAUUUUAGUUGGCUUUUGUAAUCAAUUAAUUCGAAAAUCGAUUUGUGAAAUAAAAAUAGGUUUUU